AUAACUGGGGUGACGUGGAGGAUCGCAGGAGCGCGCGCCUCUCCACACCAUGGAUCAUAUGGGAGCGCAUCUCCACCAGACGCACGCAGACACCAUCAGUUUUGGGAUCGAUCAGAUUCUUAACAAUGCAGACCAGGGGAGCUGCAUGAUCUCCAACCCCAGAAUGCAGGACCUGGACUACGGUUUGGGCUGCAUAGUCAGCACAGCCUACAAUACCAUGACUGGCAACUACAACGUCAAUAACUCGGCUGGAUACAAUGGAAACUCGUGCAGCGUCGGGUCCUAUAACAUGAACUUGGGCGCGAAUGUUAACGGAAAUUGCCUUAAUUCUUCGGGAGUGAUCCGGGUUCCUGCGCACCGGCCGCUGGGCAGCGUCCACUCGUCCAUUCCCACAAGCGCUGCCACGGUGCCAAGUAUGGGAAGCAUGGGCACCAUUAACAAUCUCACGGGAUUAACGUUUCCGUGGAUGGAGAGUAAUAGGAGAUAUACCAAAGACAGGUUUACAGUGGCCCUCUCACCGUUCACUGUAACACGCCGUAUAGGUCACCCGUACCAGAACCGAACACCUCCGAAGAAGAAGAAGCCCCGGACGUCGUUCACACGUCUUCAGAUAUGUGAGCUGGAGAAACGCUUUCACCGUCAGAAGUAUCUGGCGUCAGCCGAGAGAGCAGCCUUAGCGAAAGCACUUAAAAUGACUGAUGCGCAGGUCAAAACAUGGUUUCAGAACAGAAGAACGAAAUGGAGGCGGCAGACAGCGGAGGAGAGAGAAGCCGAACGACAACAAGCCAACCGAAUCCUAAUGCAGCUUCAACAAGAAGCUUUUCAAAAGACUAUAAACCAGCCUGUAACUCCAGACCCAAUCUGCCUACACAACAGCUCUCUAUUCGCACUUCAGAACCUGCAGCCCUGGACUGAGAACACGGCGAAAAUCAGCAGCGUUCCCAACACUGACUAACAUGAUGGAGACUUGUGGACGCGCGGUGUACAGAGGAAUAUCCCAA